GGUUGCAUAAAAAAAUGAAACAAUAACGGAAUAACCUUGUAGUAGUAGGCCUAGGCUAGUAAUCGUUUACGAUACCCUGUCAUUUCCAUCACUUUUUGAUUGGCUAUGUCAUCAGCAUCAGUCCGUAUAAAUUUAAUGUUUCUUUUCUAGGUUCCUCUUUCUAAACUCGAAAUAUAUUGAUAUUUUAAACACAUAACAAUUAUGUUUUCACGGGGUAAAUUUUUGUGCCGGGCUUUUCCGGUGGUGAGGGCGGUCAUACAACGUAGUUGCUACAAAGAAGGUGUAACUGCUGUGAAUCUGAACGAGAUGACGUCAAGCCAACAGAUUCAACACUCAGAAUUGAAUGCACCAAAGGACAGUAUGAGACCUCCGCUUUAUAUUGAGAGCACUCAACGGGUCACCCUGCAGGGGCUUGGAGGAGGGAGUGUGGAGCGAGAACUGAAUAAUGCCACUGGUGUUGCAGUGGUUACUUUUAACAAUACUAAGAAUGCUAAUGCACUGUCAGGUUCAAUGAUGGUAGAACUUGCUGAUGCUAUUUCUGAACUUGAAAAUUGGAGCACAGGAAAGGCUGUGGUCCUCCGUGGAAGCCCGGAAGGAAAGAACUUCUGUGCUGGUGCUGAUCUGACUUCAAUGCAGGAACUAAAGACAGCUCAGGCAGGCACGAUGAUGUGCCUCUUUAUGCAGAACACAUUAUCACGUCUGCAGCGCCUUCCUCUGAUCAGUGUUGCUGCCAUUGAUGGCAGAGCUAUGGGUGGUGGAGCAGAGAUUACCACAGCAUGUGAUUUCAGAAUAAUGACCGAAGAUUCCAUGAUACAAUUUGUACACAGGAAACUUGGUCUCUCACCAGGAUGGGGCGGGGGCGCUAGACUUGUAAACAUAGUUGGCCACAGGGAAGCAUUAAAACUGUUGUGUAGUUCUAAUCCCAUGGAUGCUGCAACUGCUCGAGCGAUUGGCCUCUCUGAUGAAACUGUUCCACAAACCAAAGAUCCAUUAAUGGAAACUGUUGAUUGGCUGACUCCUUUCGUUAACGCGCCAUAUCAAGUUGUUCAAGCGAUAAAGAAAGUUGUUCUAGCUGGUUCAGAGCUUCCUCUUGAUCAAGCAAUGAAAAAAGAGAAAGACAUUUUCUCAGGAUUGUGGGCUGCUGAUUUACAGUUGAAGAUUAUGGAUAAGUAUUUGAAACAAAAGCAGUUAAAAUGAGAAUAGUGGUUAUCAAAUCAAUACAUUUUAGAAAUACAGGGUGUGAUGUACAUACAGGGCGUUAUAUAUAAUUGAGAUUUCAAUGGCCAUUGCACAAUUUUAAAUAAGUGUGUUCUGUGGUAAUUUGUUUUUUAGUUUUUAUUAUUUUGUGUUUAGAACACUUGCAAUGUCUUUCCACCAUCUAUAAUAACAUAUUAAAUAAAGUGGUUUAAACAGUAAAACUCAUUUAUUUGAUGCUCUAAGCACUAUUUGUUUUAGUUGUUUAUAUUGUGUUUGUUUGUUGUGCUGAUUUUUAGCCAGCCAAAGACAGCAACCAUUUAGUUAAUCGUGGUUGAGUAAAGUUUAGUACUUGUAACUCCUGGUCAUAAAUUGGACAGUUAAAGGGACAAAAGGGACAAAAGUGACAAAGUUUGACAUUUAGCGUGUAUUGCCUUCUUUAAUGUACACAUAGGACAUAUUGUACCCAGAACCAGUAGCUUUUAAAAUCUCUUCUGAAAGACAUUGCUACAUAACAUAAGGGGCUAGCCAUGCCAAACCAGCUUUAGUGACAAAACAAGAAAAUUUACUUUUUAAUAUAUUCACAUUCUCCACUUCAUAAGUUUUAAAAUGAUAGGUUAUUUACUGGAAUCGUCUUAAUAUUGCCUAACUCAUGAGUAAAAGUUUUACAGCAUUUCUUUGCUGAAGUACAAUACAGCCACAUUCUUCAGUUUAAAUUUUAGCGACAGUCCGCUGGGUUUUCCUACGCAAACUUCUCCUUAAGAAUUGUCUUUUUUGGGGACAAAAAUAAAACCUUAUAUGCUGUAGAAAAUGCAUGUAUGUACAUAUUGACAACCAAAGAAAAGAUGUAGUGUACUGUUAAUGACGUCGCUAAAAAGUCGUCAGCGCAUGCGGGAAUGUUAAGUUCUCGUCGCCUGCGUUUUAGGACGCAAUUUGACAAAAUCUAUGUUGUCCAGAGAAUGUAGGGCGGUCACGCUUGAGUGAAUCCAUUUUAGCAUCACAUCAUCGCGCAGUUCAAAAGCUCCCAAACAUUUUGAUCAUGUUACAAAAGUUUAAGCGGAGCAAGUUUAUUAUCUUUCCCAGCAUUCAUCAAGAUUAUAAUAUGAUUUUUUUUCCCUUCAAACAUGAUUUGCAUUCCCUUUUUCUGUGGUGUUUAUUGUUAGAUAUUCUAUACAAUAACUAUUAAGUAUUAUUGAGCACUGUAGUAUUACUUAUUAGUUAUGUCAAUAUUAUAAUUUGCUUUUAUGGUAUUCAUUUAAAUAUAAUGAACUGGUAUGAUAACACUAGUUACUCAGAUACAGUUGAAUAUAAGUCAAAUAUUUAAAUUUUAAGAAUGAAUGUGUGUUGUUGAGUAUUUUAUUCAGAGUUCAUAAUAGUUUAUCAAAAUGGCUUGUUUCCAUUGGCAGAAACCCUCAUGAAUAAGUAUUGUUUUAUUCAUAAUCAUGAAUAAAUUGACAUCUAAAGAAAACAGAAUUCAGAUCUCUGGUUUCAAUCGCUUAUAGAGUUUGUUUAAUAAAUGCAGAAUGAAACACAUUGGCUCUUAGCCAUUCGUAUCGGUUGUUCAAUGAAAAUGUACUGAAUAUAAGAUGAAAACUUAACACAAUUGUCCCAGGCGUGCUUACUGUCUCCUUAAAAUAGUGGAAAUGAAAUCAAGAAAUGUUUUAUAUUUUGUAUUUCCAAAUUUAUCUGUUGUAAAAUCUGGAAAAUAAACUGCUUAAGAAUUCAA